UCGUAAACAGGCACAGCAUAUUAUGCGCAUACUGCAGGUGGGGGGGCUGCACCAGCGAUGGCCACUCCUACACCCAAAUCGCGACAAUCGAAAAUCACAGAUAAAUCUAAGGAAAACCAGGAAAGCCACGAAGGCGCCGCCGUGAGUCUGAAACAUUCUAAAGAUGUGUCAGAAAGCUCGAAGCCGUCGCGGGCACGAGUCGUCGAUAGCGUGCAGCAUUCGAAACAAACUCAACCGGCGGCAGUCGACACAGCAGUCGCCGAACGCAGGCAUUCGGCGUCCAAAUCGCCUGCAGGCGGCCGAUCUGGCAGCGUUUCAGAGAAACCUACGUCUCCACGCUCCGUAGAAAAACCAGAACCAGCGCCGCGCGAUAAGCACCAACAAGAUCACACUUCAUCAAAGUUGUCGGCGGCAUCGAAUGCGGCCAAAGGCAGCCAAAAAGAGCACCACCGCACAUCCGAAGGAGCGACGCCAACGUCUCGGCGAUCCGCCGGUGAACCGGAAAAGCCGAUCGCGGCCCCGCGCAGCCAACCAGAGCGGCGCUCACCACAGAAACCAUCGAGCUCGGCGACGACGGAUAAGAUGUCGACAAGCGCUGCCUACUCGGAGUUACAUCAGCGGCCGGAGUCGAGCAGUGAUGUACUCGCGUGGCACGGUGCUUCCGGAAGGACUACGUCGCGAGAAUUGGUGCCGCGAGAACAACGGAUCGCUGCAGACGGAGGUCCGUUCUUAUCGACACCCACCCAACGCUCUGUGACCCCCGAAAACGAGGGCUUUAUCACUGAAAUGAAAGCGGUUUCCUCCAAGCCCCAGACGCCAAGCAAGCACCGCGCGUCGGCAUCGUCGGACACCGCAAAGCUGCCCGACAUGCGAAAGUCGUCGUCUGCCGACGAGCCUACGAGCGGAGAGCAAUUCGAGGCGGCACCGAGCAAGAAACCAUCGAGCUCGGCGACGCCGGAUAAGAUGCCGACAAGAGCUGCCUACUCGGAGCUACAGCAGCGGCCGGAGUCGAGCAGUGAUGUGGUACUCGCGGGGCACGGUGCUUCCGGAAGGACUGAGUCGCGAGAACAACGGAUCGCUACAGACAGGAGUCCGUUCUCCUCGACACCCAGGCAACGCUCUGUGACCCCCGAAAACGAGGGCUUUAUCACUGAAAUGAAAGCGGUUUCCUCCAAGCCCGAGACGCCAAGCAAGCACCGCGCGUCGGCAUCGUCGGACACCGCAAAGCUGCCCGACAUGCCAAAGUCGUCGUCUGCCGACAAGCCUCCGAGCGAAGAGCAAUUCGAGGCGGCACCGAGCAGCGUGACACAAAAGAAGGAGGAACAGCCGGCAAGAAUGCCACUGUGGCAGCGGCCACUGACAAGAUCACCAAACGAUCGUUCAGCAGAUGCAGAAAGCAAAAAGACGGCGCCCCUUCCCCUUAGCGCAAAGGACAUCAACAGCUUUGCCUACAAGACAGUGCGCGACAGGCUGCCAGUCAUCUUGACAAAAGUCAUCGACACUGUUUUCAGGGACCGCAUGGAAAUUGAGCGAGUGCUGGGCCUCGAAGCACGUGAGGAGACCAAACUCGUCGUGGCGCGCCUCGCCAAGCUACGCAACGAGAUGGUUACCAACAAGCCCAUGGUACGCAUAGAAGACGACUUUGAAGAUGCGGACAUUUGGAACAGUGUACUGAAUGAGUACGCAACGAAACACAGUUGCAAACCCCGCUGGUUCGAGGCCCCCUGGCUCUACAUCGAGACCUACUUCUAUCGGCGCAUUUUUGAGGCAUUCCAGCUCACGACCAAGCUGAGAGACUAUGACCCCUUCAACAAGCUCAAGCGGGAUGCCCUUUACGGCUCUUUCAGUGCAGUGCGGGCUCUGUGCGACUUUUUGCGCCGAGACACGCCUCGAGAUGCUACCGUGGAAACCCUUCAACCAACCACCUACAGGCUGAUUGAAGUCUCACUUUGGGGCAACCGUUGUGACCUCUCGCUGUCUUGUGGUGCGGACAGAUCAAGCCAAGCAGGUUCACUACAGCAGACUGAGAGAUUGCGACCGUACAUCAUCUCUAACCAUGCUGACAAGCUGUUGCAGCAUCUCUGCAGGCUCCGGGAACGAAACUUUAAUGGCGAGCUCAUCCAACUGCAUUGUGUGCUGGACAAUUCAGGCUACGAGCUAGCCACCGACCUGGCUCUCCUUGACUUCCUUCACGAAACUGGAUACGUAGCCACUGUGACAAUCCACACUAAGGCCAUCCCUUGGUACGUGUCGGAUGUUAUGCGACGGGACCUAUUCUGGACCUUGCGUGAAUUGGAAGACAGUGACCACAUUGCUACACAGGCCCUUGGUGAACGGUGCCAACGUCGAAUCAAGAAUGGAGUGUGGCAUGUGAUGGAUGACGUCUUUUGGACACAAUCAUUCGACUAUGCUGAGAUGGCAACAAGACGGCCUGACCUUUACAAGAUUUUACAGUCAGCAGAUUUAAUACUCUUUAAAGGAGAUCUUAACUACAGAAAACUUGUCGGUGACCUCAGCUGGCACCCCACGGUUUCCUUCAAGAAAGCACUGCGGGGCUUUGAGCCAACAUUUGUAUGUGCCUUGCGCACGUUGAAGGCCGACACCGUAGCGGGCAUUGAUCCAGCGAUUGUCAGUGUUGUGGCCCAGAAGUCACCAGACUGGAUGGUCACAGGCGAGUAUGCUGUGAUUCAGUGCGCUGGAGUGGAAUGUAAGGAAGAGCCAAGCUUACUUCCCACACCUUCAGAUGAAGCUAGCCCUAAAAAAUCCAGCACUGGUACAUCAGUGCAUGCAUCAGGAACCUCUGCUUCAGCACAUACAGCUGUGUGAGUCCACCGUGCACAAAGCACGGAUGUACAUCAAGAAGCAAGCGGAUCCUCAAGUAGGGCCCCUGAAUAAGCGAGUGGCACAGCAGUCGGUGCAACAGCUGCUGCCUCAAGCAGUACUUUCCAAGAACCGGGACAGCAGAGUACCGCUCAUAGCGCUCCACCUGAUGGAGCCAAGAAGCUAAGUGCCACUUCGUGGUCUGUGGAUCAGGAUACACCGCAGAGAUGUGAUUAGGUCAUUUGUAUUUUGGACGCUGACUGAUAGAAUUUUCACUCGUGCCUGCAGGUGCUUUAAAUCACCCUGUUAGCAUGUUACAUGUAAAUAAUACUGUCACUCUACGAGAUAUGUGAUGCUCAAAUGUUGAGAACAAUGCAAUAAAUUGACAUAAUGUAUCGACA